CAAACAAGACGAGUUACGUCUGAGUGCACUGAUCAGUCGGCCUCAUUUCCCCCAAUCCCUCAGUGUAAGUGUUACUCUGUCAGUGUGACAGACAUGAAGCCUGAGCUGUAUUGCCUGCUUCUGACACUGCUGCAAACCAGCCAAACCGCAGAGGAGUCUUGCGUUGAGCGAUGCGAUAGCGGCUUUGAUGCAACCAAACAAUGCCAGUGUGACUCUUUAUGCAAGUACUACAGGAGCUGCUGCACUGAUUAUGAGUCACUAUGUGACAAUUUAACUCGUGGAGACACUUUCCCAUCUUUCCCCGAGGAUGAGGAGAACAGCACGUCCGUGGAACCUACGCACAGUGCCGAGAACCUAACUUCAUUAACUACAGCUACACCAAUCUCAGACCCCGAUGCUGAGGUGUGCAGCAGGAGACCAUUUAAUUCCUUCAUGCAACUCAAAAAUGGCUCACUUUAUGCCUUCAGGGGAAAGUAUUUCUUUGAACUAGAUGAAAAGGCAGUGUUGCCAGGUUAUCCUAAACUCAUUGAGGAAUAUUGGGGGAUAAAAGGUCCAAUAGAUGCAGCAUUUACGCGCAUAAACUGCCAAGGAAAAACAUACAUCUUCAAGGGAAGCAAGUACUGGAGAUUUGAUAACGGAGUCCUGGAUGAAGAUUUCCCAAGAGAUAUUUCUGUUGGAUUUGAAACAAUCCCGGAGUAUUUAGAUGCUGCCUUUGCCAUCCCGGCUCACAACCAUAAUGGAAAAGAGAAGGUCUAUUUCUUUAAAGGUGACCGUUAUUAUCAGUAUGAGUUUAAGCACCAGCCAUCUCAUAAAGAGUGCAUUCAGAUGUCCAGGAUCUUCCCCUCUGCGCUCUUCAGAAGAUAUACAGAUUUAUAUUAUGAUCGCUGGGCAGAGCACUUCAGUCAGCUCUUCAGUGGAUUUGAAAGCCAGCAAAGCACCAAUCAAUUCAUUAGUAAAGAUUGGAUUGGUAUUAAAUCCCCAGUGGAUGCAGUGCUUCCUGGAAGACUGUAUGUCUCACCUCGAUAUUUACAACGGCCCAGUAGAAGACGGCAAGAUCAACUAGGGGGUCAGCACCGGAGUCAACAGUGGAAUCAACAGCUUAACCAACAGUGGAACCAAGACUGGAACCAACAGGAGGAAAAACUAUGGAACUAUCAGUGGGACCAGCAGAGGAGCCAGCAGCAGUGGGGCUCGCGGCGUAGACAAUACCGAUCUCCUUUGUGGGACACUAUGGUAGUCGAGAGAGGUGUUAGCAUUGGGCAGGAAUUUAGCCAGGACAACUGGAAAGAUCAGGACAGACGCAGGAAUGGCAAUCAACAGCAGAAUGACAAUGAGUAUGACUACAGAUUCAACCCUUCUGAAGAUGCAACAUUCAACCGAAUCCGCUGGAGCAGGCCACUACAGAGUGUCUACUUCUUUAAAGGAGAUCAGUAUUACAGAUUCAAUUUACAGACCAAGCGUGUUGACUUUGCCAUUCCUUCGUACCCCAGACCUAUAGGCAAAUACUGGCUGGGCUGCAGAGACACACCAGGAGCAGAAAAGAGAUAAGUCACUAAAAUGUAAAAUGGAUCCUGUUCAAAAAUUCUUGUAUGUAGUGCUGAGACAAAUAAAUAUGCACCAUUAUAUGACAUGUAAUUAAUGUAAAGAAUAUCAUACUUUUAAGAAUAUUAUCGGUACAAUUUCAGUAGGCUUGUGAACAGUUUCUAAAUCCAAAUGGAACCAAUUUAUGUGCACAUUUUAAGUAAUUGUAAAAAUGAUACAGAAAAAUUAAAUUACAUAAAAUUCUUAUCAGAGAUGGUAUAAAAAUGGUCAUAGUGUAUUCAUCGUUAAGCUCUACUAAUUUGUUUGAUUUGCUGUAAAGAUGUUUGUCCAUCUGUAAUUAUGCUGCAGUGAAAUAUUCGUUUUAUUUAACCUAAGGCAAGCAAUUGUCAUUAAAAUAAUUCAAACAA